AUGUCUUCCCCAAAAGUUACUAAUACUUUUGUUAGUUCCAUUACUGAUGUAACUAACGAUGCAAUUGAUGGCGCUUCUGAUGAGAAAUCAAAUGAAGCUAAAGAAGAAACAGAUGAAGCUAAAGAAGAAAAUGAUGGUGAUGAAAGUAAACAAGCUUGGCAAAUGGUUUGGAAUAACGAUGUUCAAGCAUAUUAUUAUUGGAACACUUUAACAAAUGAAACAACUUGGACAACUCCAACCGAAUUACUACAACAACAAGAACAUCACCAAUCACUAGAACCUGAUAAUAAUAUUACAAGUGAUAAUCAAUAUUAUGGAUAUUCAGAACAAGAUUAUUAUCAAUAUUAUUAUGGCUAUUAUCCAGAAGGUUAUUAUUAUGAAUAUGAUCCAAAUAUUAAUACUUUUGUUAGAACUAACAACACUAAUAUCAAUAAUAUUAAUAAUAACAUGUUGCUAAUACUAAUUCUAUUCAUUAUUAUUACUACUACUACUACUACAGAUGCUAAUAAUAACAACGUCAAUUUAACAUCUUCGGUAAAUUCUUCCACAGCCAACACAGAUCAGACAAAUCCUUUAGAUUCAUUAUUAGAUAAAAUUGAUACAGAAGUUAAUAAUAAUCAAUAUUCUAAAGAGCUAGAUGGCAAUUCUGAAUAUUAUUCAUUUUUAGCACAACAUGGCAGUAAUAAUGACAACAACAGUAGCGAACCUGCUGGUUAUACUGUAACAGGAAGGUUUAAUUCACGCACUGGUAAAUUUCAACGAGAUCCCACUUUGAAUCCUGAAAAAUUUUCUGCAGAAGCAAAAGCAGCUAGACAAAUGUCUUAUUUCUUUGAUUACGAGCGUUACACUGAGCAAAGAGGAUUAAAUUAUGCUGUCGCCGCAUACAACAACAGUUAA